GGGAGACUUAAACCCUCGCGAGCUUGCUUACUGUCCGUUUUCGACUUCCCCCUCUUCAUCACGGCCUACUGUCAUCAAAGGCAAUGAAUCAUACAAGAAACAUAAAAGAAAUGCUGAGCAUACCAACUGGAAGCAGCAACAGAAAUGUGUCCACUAGCGGCUACUCCAGUUUCACAGACUCUCAGGUAUUCUUUGGGUCUCAGUUUUGGCCUGAAAAUUCUCAAGGCAUGUCUCAAGAUAUGAGUUUGUCAGCCAGGACAUCCCAACAAAGUUCACAAGAGGGAAGUGACCCAAAGUUUUCAAGCAGUUAUCAUACUAAACCCUUCCUGUUUGGAGAAUUAAAGGACAAGAGCAAAGCCUUUGGAAUACUGGAUAAAUUUGAAGAGGACAGGAAAAAGGCAAAAGAAAAAACUGACGGUGAUCUUUUAGCCAAAGAAUGUUUCAGUUUUCGAGAAACUCUCAACAAUAUCCAACAACUGGUUGCUGGCACAGAGAAAAAUACUGCUGUGUGCCAAACAGUCCUUGCGAAUGUUGACAAUUUUGCAUCAACAUUGCACAAUAAUCUGAACAGUCUUCAGCGUGACAUUUCCCAGCAGUUUGAGACUUUUUUGAAUAAAGUGAACUCCCAGAAGGAGAUGAUGACUGAACUGGAGGAGAGGGUGCAAAAGAGUGGGGACACCACUGCAGAACUUGGUUCAAAUAUGCAAAGCUUAAAGAAUAGUCUGGAGUGUCUGAGAGAGGAGCAGGAGAGAGAACGAAACAUGCUUGAAGAGACUCUGAAGCUGCUCACCACCUUAGUCUUGAAGCACUCGGCCAAACCCAGCCCUGAGAGAGUGACAGACACUGCCAUCCAGACAUCACCAGGGCUGGAGCAGCCUUUCUCCAACAUCCUGCAGGAGAACAAGCUUGAAAGCACACAGCUUUCAUGUAACUCAUACAACCAUGAGCACAAUCCGGCUAAAGUUCUCACUCAGGGGUCCAGCUAUGUCGCAGGAAAGAGGAAAUUCACUCAGAGAAGCAAUAGAAGGCGCAAAAAGAGGCCGCUGGUGCUCUCACAAAGGAAUAAGCACAUUGUCACGAAUGAAAACAGUCGACCCCUCGUGAACUGUGGCAAACAACAAAACGUUUCAACACCUCUCUGCGAGCGCCGUGAUCCGAACACGGUAACCAGCCAAAACAGGGAUGCGAGAUCCAUAGCUGAAGGAUGUUUCAUCACCCCUCUCAGCUGCUGGUCUCAGGACAGCAACAGCUCUGUGUGCCUUGCAGGAAUCGAACCCGUCUUAGAGAAGCUCUCAGCUGAGUCCGAGACAGGGACCCCGAUGGAACCCGAAGGCUUCUGGCAGUUGUUUGACAUGGAUUACAAUGUAGGCUUUUAGAGGAUGAGUAAAGGACUCAGAAGAGUGAA